AUGAGUUGCGAUAGAGACCCAUCAAUCUCUAAGGCUUACUUGGUUUCUCUUUCUCAGAAUUCUCCUUUGUCGUCCAUUACACAGUCUGAUGGGGUUAAAUUGAUCACAAUGCUGCUCCAUGAUCAGUUUGCACAGAACCAUUCAUCUAAUCAGAGUGGAGGCUCUAACCAAGUGGCUACUUUUGAGCACGAAGAAUCCAUCGAGAGUUUGGAGAAGCAAGAGAUUGUUUUUAAACUGAUAACACGUAUUUUGGAUAAAGUGAAAGUUGAUUUUAAACUCCAUGAUCAGGUGAGUUCCAUGGCAAAGAGACAGCUCCAGUCCAUGCCUGCAUUUCUCAAGUCUAGAAGAGGUGAUUGGAAUGACCAAGACACGGUUCUGAAAACUAGAGUCAAUGCCAAACUGUUUGUUUAUCAAGCUGCAGCUAAAAUGAAAAUAAAGAGUCUUAUGUCCCUUGAAACAGAUGAAAAGACAUCUAAAAGGUUUGUUCUGGAGACUCUUACAUUGCUAUUAGAUGCUGCAGAUGCUUGUUUGACAUCCGUGUGGCGGAAAAUGAAGCCUUGCAAAAAACUGUUCAGUUCUCUGCUUUCUGGGGUUGCAAAGAUGGCAGCAGAAAAUAGAGAACAGCCAUCACCAUGUGCGCUGUUUAUCCGACUUAAACCACUGGUACUAGCUGUCUGCGCACAGCCUGAGACUUGGGUGAGAAAUCAGGGGAAUAUGUUUGAGAGCAUAUUCAAAGCAAGUUGUGAGAUUAUUGAAUCUGCUUGGGCCAAGGAUCGAGCUUCAGUGGAAACCUUCAUUGUGGGGUUUARUUCAAGUAUUCGUGACAGAAACGAUUAUGAAGAGCAGGUCGAGAGAGAGAAGCAAGUUUCUGCUCUACAGCUGAAUAUAAUACAGCUGCUUGCUGAUAUCACCAUUGCUGUUAAAAAGCCUGAAGUAGCGGACAUGAUUUUCCCAUUUUUUAUUGAAAGGCUAGAAGAGGGUGAUCCUUCAACUCCUAGCUCUUUGCGACUCCAACUUCUCGAUGCUGUAUCACGGAUAGCAACAUUAGGAUUUGAGAAGUCCUACCGUGAGACGGUAGUUCUGAUGACUAGAAGUUACUUGAGCAUAAUAUCGAGGGUAGGAUCUGUGGAAAGCAAAACACCAACACUGCAUUCCAUAACUGAGCACAUAGAGACUCUUUCUGUGGGAUUUCUUACAAUUGCUAGUGGUCUUAUUAACACAAAACUGCGUGCAGACUAUCGCCGUCGGCUGCUUUGGUUAUGUUCGGAUGUAGGCCUGGCUUCUGAGUCCAAAAGUGAAAGGAGCGGUGCAGACCUUUUAGGUCCUCUUCUUCCUGCUGUUGCAGAAAUAUGUUCGGAUUUCGAUCCUACUUCAAAUCUGGAACCAUCACUUCUAAAAUUAUUUCGCAAUCUAUGGUUCUAUAUAGCUCUUUUUGGCUUAGCACCUUCUAUUCUGAAAACGCCGCGUCCGGAAGUGAAGGCGACCUCUAAAUCAGUGAACAAUGCUGGAAGAAUUAGUACAUUCGCUCUACAAGCUGUAGAAGGGCCUUACAUGUGGAACACUCAGUGGGCUCUGGCUGUUCAGAGGAUUUCUCAGGGCACUCCUCCCCUUGUCGUCAGUUCUGUAAAAUGGCUCGAAGACGAAUUAGAACUCAAUGCGCUUCAUAAUUCUGAUAGUUUCCGAAGAACUGGGAAUAAGAAAGUAGCUUCAACCCAUAGAAUUGCUCUUUCAACUGCCUUGGGCGGCCGAGUUGACGUUUCAGCAAUGCACACUAUCUCAGGAGCGAAGGCUACCUAUCUUCUUGCAGUAGCUCUUUUGGAGGUCACACGUUUUAUUAGCAAUGGGAGUAUCCUUAAUGGUGGCUCAAGUGUGUCUGCCUCUCGAAGUGCCUUCAGUUUCGUCUUCGAAUACCUGAAAUCUCCGAACCUCACGCCUGCUGUUUCCCAGUGUUUGACAGCAAUUGUACAUAGAGCCUUUGAAGCAGCAGUGUCAUGGCUGGAAGAUCGGAUACCUCUUACUGGGAAAGGUUCUAGUAUUAUAGAUUUGGCAAUGGACACACAUGCAUGUUUCCUCAUAAGGAGUAUGUCACAGAGAGAUGAACACAUACGAGAUAUCUCAGUGAACCUGUUGACUCAGAUCAGGGACAAGUUUCCCCAGGUCCUCUGGAGCUCAUCUUGUCUGGAUAGUUUGUUAUUCUCUGUUCAUGACAAUGCACCUUCAAUGGUCAUCAAUGAUCCUUCUGGGACUGCUGCCGUUCGAUCUUUAUACAAGAAAGUUGUUCGAGAAUGGAUCAUAAUAUCACUUUCAUAUGCUCCAUGCACUAGUCAGGGUUUGCUUCAGGAUAAGCUGUGUAAGGCAAACACAUUGCAGCGAACACAAACUACAACUGAUGUGGUUUCUCUUCUAACUGAGAUAAAGAUUGGAACUGGGAAAAAUGAAAUUUGGUCUGGUAUAAAUGUUCCAGCUGUGAUGGCUGCAGCGUCUGGAGCAAAUUCAAAAGCUUCUGAAGCCUUUAAUUUGGAUGUACUUGGUAUUGGUGUAGUUAAUGCAAUGGUAAAGUGUAACUAUACUGGACAAAUUGCUGGCAUGCUACGAUUGGAGAACAGUAGUGGCAAUGACACAUUGAUUUCCAAUUCUGUGCGGCGCCUUCAACAAUUUGUUAAUACUGCUGAGAAAGGAGGAGAGACUGACAAGUCGCAGUUCCGAGAAACUUGUUCUCAUGCAACUGCAGUACUUCUGUCAAAUCUGCAGGCUGGUGAGCCUAAAACAGAUAUCGAGGGAGUUUCUCGUUUACUUCGUCUCCUUUGUUGGUGUCCAGCUUACAUGUUAACUCUAGAUGCUAUGGAAACUGGAAUAUUCAUUUGGACUUGGUUGGUUUCCGCUGCUCCACAAAUGGGAACUCUUGUCCUUUCGGAGCUUGUUGAUGCAUGGAUAUGGACAAUUGAUGCAAAGCGAGGACUCUUUGCAUCUGCUGCAAAGUUAAGGCCCCAACUUUCUCCUGGAGAACCAGAAGGUCCACCUGAUAGUGACCCUGUUGAUCAAAUAAUCGCUCACAGACUAUGGCUUGGAUUUUUGAUAGAUCGCUUUGAGGUUGUUCGACAUAAUAGUGUGGAGCAACUCUUGUUGUUUGGUCGGCUGUUACAGCGGAGUACAAAUCUUGAAUGGUCCUUUACCCACCACCCGGCAGCGGCUGGUACCUUUUUUUCCUUGAUGCUCCUUGGACUGAAGUUCUGCUCAUGCCAAAGACAAGGCAAUAAGCAUAAAUUAAGACAUGGAGUCCAGCUAUUGGAAGAUCGAAUCUACAGGACUUCGUUAGGCUGGUUUUCUCGUCAGCCAGAGUGGUAUGAUGUAAACAUUCCGAACUUUUGUCAGAGUGAGGCUAAAUCUGUUUCAAUUUUCGCUCAGUUUUUGUCGAACGAUCGAUCAGACAAUUGCCAAUCUGAUUCCAAAGGACGAACUCAUGAAAACGGGAACUUAACUGAUGUGAUUGAUCACUAUCAUCCUGUCUGGGGUGAAAUGGACAACUACGCAUUGGGAAAGGAAAAAAGGAAGCAACUGCUUCUAAUUCUUUGCCAACAUCAAUCUGAUAGGCUUGACGUUUGGGCACAACCUAUUAGUCCAAAGGACAGUCCAUCUUCACGGUUAAAAAUAAGCUCCGGGAAAUGGACCGAACAUACCAAAACUGCCUUUUCAGUGGAUCCAAGGAUUGCGAUAUCGUUAGCAUCACGAUUUCCGACAAAUAUUGCUGUGAAAUCGGAAGUCACUCAGCUAGUUCAGACUCAUAUAGUAGAGCUUCGUACAAUUCCUGAGGCGUUGCCAUAUUUUGUCACGCCUAAAACUGUCGAGGAGAACUCAGUGCUGUUGCAGCAACUGCCACACUGGGAUGCUUGUUCAAUCACUCAGGCUCUUGGGUUCCUCACACCUGCUUAUAAGGGGCAUCCACGUGUCAUGGCAUAUGUCCUAAGAGUUUUUGAGUCCUACCCUCCUGAGCGAGUCACUUUCUUCAUGCCACAAUUAGUCCAGUCUCUGCGCUAUGAUGAACAGAGGCUGGUUGAAGGGUAUCUUCUAAGAGCUGCACAAAGAAGUGACAUAUUUGCUCAUAUCCUCAUUUGGCAUUUAGAGGGUGAGUCUGUUCAGGAAACAGCGAAGGAUGGUGUUUUCGAUAAGAAUACAACUUUCCGGGCAAUUUUGCCUGAGGUUCGACAGCAUAUAAUCGAUGGUUUCACUCCCGUGGCCUUGGACCUGUUCAGGAGAGAGUUUUACUUCUUUGACAAGGUUACAUCUAUUUCUGGGGUAUUAUUUCCUCUUCCAAAAGAACAAUGCAGAGCCGGUAUCAGAAGGGAGUUGGAGAAAAUCAAAGUGCACGGAGAAGAGCUUUAUUUGCCAACUGCUCCUAAUAAGCUUGUCAGGGGUAUUCAGGUAGACAGUGGAAUACCCUUACAAUCAGCUGCUAAAGUCCCUAUAAUGAUAACUUUUAAUGUGGUUGAUCGUGAUGGUGAUCACGAUGAUGUGAAACCUCAAGCUUGUAUUUUCAAGGUAGGAGAUGAUUGUCGUCAAGAUGUUCUUGCUCUUCAAGUGAUAUCUCUACUUAAAGACAUAUUUCAAGCUGCUGGUCUCAAUCUUUAUGUUUUCCCAUAUGGAGUACUACCAACUGGGGCCGGUCGGGGAAUAAUUGAGGUUGUGCCAAAUACACGAAGCAGAAGUCAAAUGGGUGAAUCAACUGAUGGUGGCUUGUACGAGAUCUUUCAACAGGAGUUUGGACCCGUUGGCUCACCCUCCUUUGAAACGGUACGAGCUAAUUUUCUCACCAGCAGUGCUGGUUAUGCUGUGGCGAGUCUUUUACUCCAACCGAAAGACAGGCACAACGGGAAUCUCCUCUUCGACAACACGGGAAGGCUUGUUCACAUUGAUUUCGGUUUCAUUUUUGAAACUUCUCCUGGUGGAAACAUGCGUUUUGAGAGCGCACAUUUCAAACUCAGCCACGAAAUGACACAGUUGCUUGAUCCGUCAGGAGAUAUGAAGAGCGAAACUUGGCAUCAGUUUGUUAGCUUAUGCGUUCGGGGUUACUUGGCUGCUCGCCGGUACAUGGAUGGGAUCAUCCGUACAGUGGAAAUGAUGGAGGAAAGUGGAUUGCCUUGUUUUAGCAGAGGAAAUCCAAUUGAGAAACUUCGCAAAAGAUUUCAUCUCGAGAUGAGUGAGCGUGAAGCCGCAUACUUCAUGAUCCGUAUAUGUACUGAUGCCUACAACAAAUGGACCACGUAUGGGUACGAUUUGAUACAGUAUCUGCAACAAGGCAUUGAGAAGUAA